GUCUAUACCGCAGGUAUACAUGCCACACCAACCAGCCAGCACAGCACAGAGUACUAUGUAGGGCCCACAUGCUAUAUUCUACGUAUGUCCAGAUUAGAGGGGCUCGUGCCGAUGGUCCAUCCCUGUACCCACACACACCAAGCCCACAGCCAACAGGUCUUGUAUCCGUCGACCUGACCUCUGAUCGCUCCAGUACGCACCGUAUUGCUUGACCACGCGCAGCGAGAGCUUCUUGAGGCACAUCUGCAACUCCGCCGCUGUCGGUCUUUCAGUGGGAUCCUUCGAAAAACACUGACAGAAGCCAAGCACGGGACGAGCCGUUGCGAGCAUCUCAAUGGAGGACUCACUCUGUGGAGGAUGUUCUUGAAGAAAGUGGGAAACCAGAAGGGCACCUUCUGAGACAUGAGGUGCACUUGAUGUGGGGGAGUCAAAAGAGAUGGGUCAAGACAGUGGGACACAUGCAGGUCUUACUGGGACCCCGCCCCUGGACAUGAUCUCUAUUAUCACGUCCUGCAUCUUGGGAAGAUUCUCGAAUGGAAGCGGACCUGGACAGAACGAGGGAAGGCGAAUGAGAGGCGUUCUGUUCGCUACUUGACAAUACAUAGAAUACAAUCCAUGCAGCUCCCAUUCACCUCCGAAUAUCUCGAUGAUACAGCAGGCCAGACUCCACACGUCAAUAGCGGUCGUACCCCUUGAUCCCUUGCGAAAUGCCUCAGGUGGCAUGUACCUGAUGGAUAAACGAAUACCUACCUACCUACAUUAUGUGGCAGCCGUACGUACCUCGGUGACCCACUGUUCUCUUCAAUCAAAAAGGAGUCUCCGCGCUGAAGAGGAUAAAGGCAGCUCACGAAGUCGUCACCAGGCUACGAAGCUUUCGAGUGACUGCAUCUGCCAACCACCCUUACCCUAAUCGUCCGAGCCAGACCGAAAUCACACAGCUUGAGCUGGCAAUUUCGCAGCGUCCCGUCGUGGUCAAUCAGGCAAUUCUCUGUUAAUGCGGCAGUGAGAGACAGCGAUGUGAAAGCACCUCAGAACGACGAGCAAGCCACCUGUCUUGAGGUCACGAUGAACCUGUGGAUAACAAGAGAGUGCACCUUUUGCGUGCCGCGGAGGGAGACGUGUGAUGCUCAUACCACGACUGGAUCUGCUGCAUGGAGGUGACAGACAGCGAUGGUCAGCUGAUUGGCGAACUUAAUCCGAUCGGCUGCGCUGAAUUCGACGCCUCUCUCAUACAUCAACUGAAAGGAAGAAGACACUGAAUUUGGGCAUAAUCUUUACAUGUGUGUACUUAAUGUGAUUACCUCGAAGAGAUUCCCUUCAAAACACCAGAAUUGAUAGACAUACAGGAAUGACAGGUGGUGGGUGUGUGCACAGCGCCAGUUAUUACCUCCUCUCACGAGCUCCGUGACCAGGCCCAGAUUCGGCCAGUCAUUAACAGUUCCUGGACACCGAAUUUGAGUUUUUCACAUGGAUGCAUUCAUAUAAUUGACGCACCAUAGUAACCCACGAUGUUGGGAUGCCUCAAGCGUCUGCAUUCACGUCCGAACGCCCGGCGGAGACAUGCUGUUUUUCUCAUGUACCUAUGCCACGCUCCUUUUCUUACCUGUACGAGUUCAGCUCUCUUGCCACGUUCCUGAGCCUCUCCUUUGUCAUUGCCUCGCCUGGUCAAGUAAAAACAUCAAAGACAAUCAAAGCAUCAUCGCUCGUCAUUUUUGUAGAUCGGACCGGAGACAAAUAUCAUCUUCUUCACAGCGACCUCCCGGCCGCGGAAGCGUCCUCUGUACACCUACAAGAAAACGGGAAGAAGCAAAGAACGGCUCUUGUUGUGGCUCGGAUGCCUGUUUGUGUAGUGUGUCUCCCCACCAUUCCAAACGAC